AUGACUGUGAGCAGAUUUAUUCAUUUCUCUUCUCAGAUCAAGGAGCAGGAGAUGCGGGAGCACAUAAAGAAGCUCCUCAAGGACAAGGAUAAUGCCAUGUCGUUCCUCGGAGCAAAAGUCACCAGCCGCAGCCUGGCCGACAAGCUGGUCGAGGAGUUGCUCGAACAUCUCGGCAGCAAUGUGGACACGGUGAUCGUCGAGUCGUACAUAGCGCCGACUGGUUCGGUGGGUUGCCGCGUGUUCCCGACCAGCGUCGUUUCGGGCUUGACAUACGAAGAGCCCAACUUGCCCUCACUGUACAAGAAGUACAUGCCAAAGUACUCGGACGGGUGGGCACUGUACGACGUGGACAUGGACAAGCUAUACGAUUGCCCCAGCCCGUUUCAGGCCUACGAGCGGAUAUCGAGAACCCGAGUUGUUGUCGCCGACCGGAGUAACACUGACGUGCCCGUCAACCCUUAG